AUGGCUGCGGAGCGUGUAGACAGCAAGUCGACGCAAUCCAAUCAUGCGCGGAUCAUUGACCAGGUCAUGUCCAGCGACAUCAACUUGGGGUCGGCCAUUGGUGCGGCCUACGAGAAUGGCAUUGAUGCCAAGGCUCUUCUCGAUCAACUGAAUGCCCGGGCCUCGCGCAUCGAUGAAGACUUGAAACGCAUUUGUAACCGCAACUACCAGGGAUUUGUCGAGUCGGUCCAGGAGCUUCUCAGUGUUGGGGAACACGCCGACGACCUCAAGCUGGCUGCACGAGAAUGCUCCGAGGGCUUGCAAGACGCUGGUGAACAUCUGCGGCAACACAACGAACGGUUGCUGGCCAUGCGCCGACAACACCGCAAUGUCUUGGCAGGCCUUGAAGCACUGCAUGUCUGUCGCCCAGCCAUUGUGCUAUACAACCAAGCUCAGCAACAGCUGCGCGAGGGUCGUGCCUACGCUGCACUCAAAACCCUUCAAGAGCUGGAGGCCGAGCAACUGCCGCGUCUGACAUCGUACAAGUUUGUUGAGACGAUUCGAACAGAAAUUCCGGCCCUCCGGUUGCAAGUCAAGCGAGAUUCCAUGACCAGUCUGCGCGACUUUUUGGCCUCCCUGCGCCAAUCGUGCGAGCCUCUGGGAGCCCAGGCCAUGACGGCCUCGCAAAGUGGCUCCAACUCUGGUACGCCACGCCGCGCGACCCAGCAAUCAAUCGAGGGCACCGAGCUCGACUUUAGCCCCUUGUAUCGUUGCGCCCACAUCUGCAAAGUCCUGGACGUCAUGGAGGAAUGUGCCGAGUACUAUCGUGAAGAGCGGCGCAAGCAGUUGGAUUUGGUGCUGAAUCCUACCACUUCCCUGACAUCGGAAACCACGUUUCGGGCGUACUUUCAUGCAGUGGCCGGUUGCUUCAUUGCGGAGCACACGGUCUUGGCGACAACGGAUGGACUGAUCUCGCGGCAGUGGUUGGACUCGCUGUGGCAAACGGCACUCACACAGCUGAGCCAGGUGACACAAGCCCAACUGGCUCAGUGUACGACAGCUUCCAUGAUUCGCCAGGUCAAGGACAUGAUUGUGACCUUCAAUCGUACAAUGCUAGCGCAUGAGUACUCCGUCUCGCGGCUGACCGAUGUGCUCCUUCAAGUGCGGUCUCGGUAUCAGGCUGUGUUGGUCACCAUCUCGACCGAGGCCUUCAAAGCCAUCCUGGCUGAGGACAACUACAAUCCCUUGCGGCUCGACAAUGCCGAUCAAUACCGCGAGCUGUUGGAAACGUACCCCUUUGAAGAUGGCGCGACCGUGGGCGCAACCGUCUUUCCUCGCCAGCUCCUGUUCAGCAAUGCCGUGCCUCGAUUGUACGCCGAGGUUCGGCACUACAUUGAUCUGAGCCACCAGUUUCUGGAGAACGUGGGCCUCUCGAGCACCGAGGUGGACGAGUUGUUGCGUCAAUCGACCAACCACCUCUUCUCAAAGGUGUUGAGUAGCAUCUUGAUGAAGCUGGUCCGGUCGGCCGGUCUCAACGUUCAGCAGCUGACACAAAUCUCGCUGAACACGACUCAGCUGGAGCUGGCUUGCGAGAGCUUGGAACUGUACAUUAGCCAAUUGACGCGCUCCAUCGGCAACGACGUGCACGGUACCCGCUUGCAUGGUGCUGACACGCUCAAGGAUCCCCGCUCGGCGGCCGAAGAUGGCAUCUUUGCGUGCCUGCAAGGGCGCAUUGACCAGUUUUUGGAGCUGGCGGAGUUUGAUUGGGCACCAUCGGCGCCCAAAACGACACCAAGUCCUCACAUGUUUGAGCUGCUGGCUUAUCUCACCACCACGUUUGCCGCCCUGCGCCACAUGCCAACCGAAGUGGCUCGGGCUGCGUACUUUAACACUUGCAAAUACAUUGGCCAGCGCCUCAUUUCUCAGGUCGAGGAUCCUGAAAUCAAAAAGAUCAAUCUGAACGGGAUCAAAUCCUUUGAGGUGGACGUCGCCACGUGCGAGGAGUACGCCGACACCUGUCCUGUGAUUGAGGCUGGGGAUCAGCUGCUCAAGGGAGCCUUUGUCCAGCUGCGCGAAUUGGUCGACGUGUUUCUCCGCAAUGACUGGGACAAGUUUUGUGAUCCUCUUAUGCGCCGCAAGUAUUAUCCCCACUUGAAGACGGCCACCGCCAUUACUUGGCUCGAAAAAUUCGAAGACAAGGCGCAGUCAAGCAUCUUUGGACGUCGCAGCGAGAAGAAGUCGCGCGAAGUGGAGGCCGUGCUACGCCAGCUCAAGGCUCAGUAG